AUGACAACAAACACCGGUGUCAAGGUCUCCAACACCGAUGACUGGUUGAAGGUCAUUUCCGACAACGGUACCGGUCCUCAUAUCUUGGAGGACUUCCAUGCUCGUGAGAAGAUCCACCAUUUCGAUCAUGAGCGUAUUCCGGAGCGCGUGGUCCAUGCUCGUGGAGCUGGUGCUCACGGUGUUUUCCGUUUGUUCGAGUCGGCGGCCGAUGUCACCUGCGCCAAGGUCCUCACCGACACUUCCCGCGAGACGCCCAUGUUCGUCCGUUUCUCUACUGUCUUGGGAUCCCGUGGUUCCGCAGACACCGUCCGUGAUGUCCGUGGUUUCGCCAUCCGUUUCUACACCGAUGAGGGUAACUGGGAUAUCGUCGGAAACAACAUCCCUGUUUUCUUCAUCCAGGACUCGAUCAAGUUCCCGGAUGUCAUUCACUCCGGUAAGCCCGAGCCUUCGACUGAGGUUCCCCAGGCUCAGUCCGCCCACAACAACUUCUGGGACUUCAUGGGUCUCCAGCCUGAGACUUCUCAUAUGUUCAUGUGGGCCAUGUCUGACCGUGGCAUUCCCCGCUCUUACCGUAUGAUGCAGGGUUUCGGUGUCAACACCUUUGCGUUGAUCAACGAGCAGGGUGAGCGCACCUUCGUCAAGUUCGUCUGGACCCCCGAGUUGGGUGUCCACUCUCUCGUCUGGGACGAGGCCUUGAAGAUCUGUGGUCAGGACCCCGAUUUCCACCGCAAGGACUUGUACGCCGCCAUCGACAACGGCGCCUACCCCAAGUGGAAGUUCGGUAUCCAGUGCAUCAAGGAAGCCGACGCCGACAACUUCGACUUCGACAUCCUCGACUCUACCAAGCUCUGGCCCGAGCAGCUCGUCCCCGUCCGCUAUAUCGGUGAGUUCGAGUUGAACCGUAACGUCACCGAGUACUUCCCCGAGACUGAGCAAGUCGCUUUCUGCACUUCUCACAUCGUCCCCGGUAUCGACUUUACCGACGACCCGCUUUUGCAGGGCCGCAACUUCUCGUACUUGGAUACGCAGUUGAACAGGUUCGGCUCGUUCAACUUCAACGAGUUGCCGAUCAACAGGCCCCUCGCUCCCACCCUCAACAACCAGCGUGAUGGCUUCAUGCGUCACACCAUCACCGAGGGCAAGGUCAACUACUGGCCCAACCGCUACUCCUCCAUUAAGCCUACCCCUGCCUCCGGCGGCUCCGGUGGUUUCGAGACCUACCGCCAGGAAGUCAACGGCUUCAAGCAGCGCAAGCGUGGUCCCAAGUUCUACGAGCACUUGAACCAGGCUACCCAGUUCUACAACUCUAUGCGUCCCCACGAGAAGAGACACAUGACCAACUCCUUUGUGUUUGAGUUGUCAAAGUGUGAUGACCCUCAGGUCUACACCACCAUGAUUGAGCGUUUGAACAUGGUUUCGUUCGAGCUUGCUUGUACGGUUGCUACUCAGGUCGGUGUCGCGCCCCCUGAGAAGCCGUUCAAGACCGAAUAUCCUACUGCCGCUAUUCAGGGUGUUUCUCAGGCCGAGUUGACUGGAAAUGGCUCGAUUGAGGGACGCCGUGUUGCCAUCCUCAUCGCCGAUGGUUUCGAUUUGGGACAGGUCACUGAGAUGAGGACGGCGCUUGCUGCGCAGAAGGCUGUUACGUUCAUCGUUGGUGAGCGUCGUGGUCCUAUCAAGGCCGCUGGACAGGAGGAAUCCUCCAAGUACGAGGAAGGGUUGGGCGCGGACUUCUCUUGGGAGUCGGGCCGUUCUACGCUCUUUGACGCUAUCUACGUCCCCGGCGGCGCAGGCCACAUCUUGAAGAUGAAGCAAUCCGGCCGUGUCACCCACUGGGUCCGUGAGGCCUUCGAGCACCUCAAGCCCAUCUGUGCUACCGGUGAGGGUGUCGAUUUCAUCCAGCAGGCUGUUGUUUUGCCUGGUGUUGACCUUGCGUUGAGUGAGCAGAGCACGGAGGUUGUUAACUCUUACGGUGUCAUUACCAGCAGGAACGUUGGGUUGACGAACGUUGGCGAUGUUGCGAAGCAGUUCAGUCAGGAGAUGAGUCAGCACAGGAACUGGGCUCGUGAGGAUGCUGGGCUUAACUUGAAGGUUGCUGCUUGA